CUUCCUCCCUGGUGGAGGCUGCUGAGGCAGUGCAUGUGAGUAGGUUCGCGAUGAGACAGCCGAGCGAUGGGUAUAGUCGCGUUAUGGCUAUGCGCCAGGGAUGGAAGGACGCGUUUAACAAGGCAUUGGUGGAGCAUGAGGUCCGUAGUGCGAAUGUUUAGAUUGUUGAUAGAGGACAUCCGAACUUGUUGCAAGUCUGUGGAUGUGUAGAUGACUGUGAAUUCGUGAUAAGUAGGGAUCGACUGUAUAAGGCUUUUGUUUGAGCGGAUCGGGCAGCGGAUCUGCAAGUCGUUUGAGGCCGCCCAUUCACCCCCAUCUUUUGACCAGUCUCACACUGUCACAUUCUGCAGCAUUAAUGUCGGGCGUGGUCGCAAUCCAGCCAUCCAACAUGGACAGCAAUAGUAUAGACUCCUUUCUGUUGCAGCUCGUGAAAAGGACGACUAAGAUGGUCGAUCAAAAUGCCGGUGAUGCAAGUAAUGACACUUUGGACAUCAUCGAUGGAUUGCUCAGAACGACCGCAGCCAACGUGCGGGCGACGUUGAACGCUAGACUUCCCAUCAACCGCUUGCCUCCCGAGAUUCUGACACUGAUCUUCAAAAUGCUUCGGGAUCCCGCUCUCUUGACGAGCGCUAACUCUUGGCAUUAUGAAAACCGCACGCAUGCUAUAUGGGAUCAUGAGGCGACAAACCCGCAAAAUCUAGUGACAGCGACUCACGCCUGUCGGCAUUGGCGGAAUGUCGCGCUCGCGAACGCGUCCCUCUGGGACACAUUAUGCUGCAAUCGCUUAGGCGCUGCCGUAGGGGAGUUUUUAGAGCGCUCCGGCUCUGUACCUCUUUGCGUUGUAGAAGAUGAUCGUGACCUGGGUGAUGCAUUUCUCAGCACGGUGCCGUUGCUCUCAGCGCGCUUGCGCGAACUUCAUUUCCUUGACCUCCCCGGCUAUAGAUACCAGGAACCGUUGUACGGUCUCAUGUCCGAGCUCCAAUUUCCAACUCCUCAUCUAAGGAUGCUCACACUUGGUGUUAGAAGAAGCUCCGGCCCCCGUGGUCACGGUGCCAUCCUGUUCAACGGCGUCACGCCAUGCUUGGAGCGGCUGUCCCUGUUCGGCCUACGCUGGUUGCCCACGAACCAAUUCCCUAAUCUAACCCAUCUUUACCUGUACAAUUACUGCCCGGUACCCAUCAAGCUUUCAUCCCUGCUGUCAAGAACUCUUCAACUCAUCGAUCUCGUAGUCUCUGAGGAAAAUGGCCGAGACAGAAAAGCCGCAUUGGACGAUUAUCCCCACACACCCUUGUUGUCAUUCACAACGACCGGACCACCGGACGAAAUUCUGAAAGUGUCACUUCCUCUACUUCAGAGGAUUGUCUUCCGUCAUGCUUCUGGAAUCCUCGCACAUGUCUUGCCAGGGCUCAUCAUCAGUGACGAUGCUGCCAUUCGAAUUGAAGACUUGACAAUCAGAGAUAGUUCAGAUUUCCUCAUCAUCCGUAACCUGUUGCAGCCCUGAGGGUCUUUGUUGAAUAUCGAUACCCAGAUAUUUCGAUCAUCGCCGUCGGCAAUUCCACUGGAUUUUCUUUACGCCACUUGGUGAGCAACGAACCAGAUGACUGGUGUGCUACCCUACCUCGGAUACUAUCUCUCCACAAGAUAGUCGAACUAUGGCUUCUUGAGGAGCAACAGA